AUGAAAGGAGCGCGCGGACGUACAGCGGAAGCGCUUGCGCGGGGCUGCCGCGACAUUACUGGCGCCGCGUCACGUGCUGGCAGAAAGCUCGAUUCAGCGCUCGAGUUUCAGCAAGAGCAGACCGACGCGGUUGUGAAAGGCCUGCUCGACCGCGCCCUGCAGCACUCCGUCGAGAAAGUCCUGCGGGCGUUUGGCGCGUCCUUGAAACGAAUGCUCAAGCCGCCGUACGCCAGCCGCUGGAUGGAGCGUCUCGCGGACCAGGUCUUUGCCGGCGCGUGGCCGGACCUGAAGGAGACGAUCGAGGAGUCCAUCAUGGAGACGGCCGGCCGCGCACGCGCCAAGGAGAAGCGGAGGCAGCUCUUCCACUGGGCACGGCGACCGCGCCUGCAGUUUGGCGCGUGGAACUGCGUGCGCGCGCGCGUUCUCCACUCGCUCAAGCCCGCCGACGGCAACAAGCUGCGCAGCGUGGCGGAGCGGGACGGCGUGGCGCUCGGGGUCAUCCUUCUCAAGAUGAGCCCCGCGUUUGGGACAAACGUGCUUGUCUUCAUCCUGCUGUUUGUGCUCAUCGACAAGAGCGACGAGUCCCAGCUCGUGGGCUACAUCCUCUCCUUCAAGUCGUUCCAGUUCAUCUCGGGCGUCUUCUCCGCCUCCUCCAUCGCAUAUGCGUUCCUCUCGUGCCUGCAGCGCGCCGCGGACGGCGACCCAGCCUCCUGCGCCGCGAUGGCGCCCGCGCUGCCCCUCUCAAUCGCGCUGCUCGAGGUGGCUCGCCCCGAGGAGCUGCUCGCCCUCGAGCAGCUGACGUGGGCUCUCCUCUCGCUGCCCUACCUGGUCUUCACCGUGCCGCUCCUCGGGCGAGCGCUGCACCGUGCGAGGCCUACCGGCUACGACAAGGAGGGGCAGCUGGUCCCGAUGCUCUCAUCGGCGCUGAUGAAAGCAAAGAUGGCGCGAGACCAGCAGAGGAGGCGGGCGGCAGAGUUGCAGGCGGAGAGGCUGUCCGUGGCGCGCGACGACGACGGUGCGGCGGGUCGAAGCUCGAUCGUGGAGAAGGGCGGGCUGUUCCCUUUCUUUGGCCCGGCGACCAAGGCUCGCUCUGCAGUCGAGAUACAGCGGAUUCAGCGCGGCCGGAUCACGCGGAGGCGGGCGCGCGCGCGAUUCCUGCGGCACGCUGUCUCGCUGACGACGCCGGUCGGCCUCUUUGUCUCUGCGUCGAGCAUCGAGCAGUGGUUCAUUAAUGAGGACACGGACGCCGCGAAGCUCAACGUGCUCCUGAGCGAGGACUCGUGCGGCAAUGCGGCCGAGUGA